AUGAGCGAAGCUUCCGAGCAGAGCCUCGAUGCUGCUUCGGCACAGGUCGCAUCGACCUCGUACCAGCCGCGCCCCGCUCGUAAGCAGGUUUCCGUCGCCAAGUUCAACGACAUUCGAGAGGCGUUCAGCGCACGUCCCGAAUCGGCAGGCACGUUCAACAUCUGGUACGAGAACUACGCCGGCGUCGACCGAGAGGAGAACGAAGCACAAAAGGCAAAGCGCGAGACCCGAUGCGACAUUGCACGCGAUGCCGGCUACACCAAGGCCGACGUGCUGCUGCGAACACAAGCGGCACGCACGCAGCAAGGCGCUGCGAUUGCGCCGGACGAGGCUGUCUACUGCUGCAUCCACUUUGCGCGCGGAUGCUGCCCACACGGCGUCGACUGCAAUUUCCUGCAUCGCUUGCCGCGUCCCAACGACUUUCCAAGCCAGGGCCGCGACUGCUUUGGUCGCGAGAAGCUCGGCAACUACAAGGACGACAUGAGCGGAACCGGCUCCUUGUCCCGGGUCAACCGCACCCUCUACGUCGGCCGCAUUCACGAAGAGCACGGCGUCUCAUCUCCGACCGUCCAGAACGCUGCCUGGCGCGACGGCGGCAAGACGCUCAAGGGCGGUCGCAGCGUCAACGAAGCAAGAGGCAACAACGGGCCGCGUGCCAAGCAGGAUGCCAAGACGUAUCGCCCGCAGCACAACUCGGUGCGGCCCGAGACGGACAAUGCAACCGAGCGCGUCGUACGUCGCCACUUUAGCGAGUGGGGCGAGAUCGACCGUCUGCGCGUGCUCAAUGGGCGCUCGUGUGCCUUCGUCACAUACAAGUACGAGGCCAGCGCGCAGUUUGCCAAAGAGGCCAUGCUCAACCAGUCGCUCGACCACGACGAGAUCAUCAAUGUGCGCUGGGCGUCGGACGAUCCCAACCCUGCGGCACAGAAGCGCAAUCAGGAGCAGCUGCGUCGGGCCGGCGAGCGUACCAUCAUGGCCGGCAUGUCGACGCAGGCCAUCGAGGCGCAGCAGGCCCUGCGUGCACUCGAGGCACUCGAUGGUCCCGAUGCCGAUGCCAACGCCAAGCGACGCCGUACCACACAUUCGAGUCAAGAGGAGGAGGAGGAGGAGCUGCGAAGACUCGACGAGGAAAAUGCACGCGAGUGGGCCGAGAUCCUGCGCGAGCGCCAGGCUGCCGCACAAGCCAGCCAAACUGUGCCACCAGUCGCUGCCGUCCCUGCAUCGGAAAGCAAGAGCACAGCUGGAGCAGGCCUGCUCAAUGCCGAAACCAUGUCGAAUCUGGCAUCGCUGCACAACCAGCGUCAGAAGGAUGCGCCUGCUACAAACGGUCUUGGCAGCUUGGCCGCCUACGGCAGCGACAGCGAGGACGACGCAUGA